AUGUGGCGAAAACUCCAGUCAUCAUCAUCGACACCUGUCUCUCGAUCAAUUCAUGUUUCCGCCCCUCUCGCUGUGCUUCAGCGCAAGCCUCUCCAGGCGAAGCCUCCAGCACGGAAAAGUCCUCAAAAACGCUCAGAGGAACUACGGGAUGAUGAGCUACGGCAAGGACUCGCCGAGCAAGGUCCCAAGCGGAACGAAGUCGGCGUCCAGCUGCUCUCGCGCCAGCUCCACCGCCAAGUCUUCCGCAACGUCUCCUUCCCCCCACCCCCCGCGUCCUACGUCCGCAUCGCGCAGGAACACCUCAAAAUGCACGGCCUCGACCCCGCGCAAGGCUCCGUCCUCCCCAACGUCGGGUUCACCCUUCCCCCGCUCCAAGGCCGGACCCUCGACGAGCACUUCUACCGCAUCGGCACCUCCGCCGCGCAGCCCUGGCUCACCCUCGUGCAGGACCUCGCCGCCGCGCGGAUCCCCCCCAAGCCGGACCACUGGCACAUCCAGUCGGGGUGGACGCGCUACACGUUCCUCCCUGACGGGUCGAGCUACUGCGAGCACGUCGAGUACCCGCAGUUCGACGGCAAGCCGGAGGAGAUGCUCGUGUUCGACAUCGAGACCAUGCCCCGUUAUCAUGACUAUGCCGUCAUGGCGUGCGCGGCGACGCCGAACGCGUGGUACGCGUGGAUAUCCCCCUGGCUGCUGGGCGAGUCCGAGGACCCGCAGCACCUCAUCCCCAUGGGGGACCCGAGCGUCCCCCGAGUCGUCGCUGGACACAACGUCUCGUUCGACCGCAAGCGCGUCCUGGAGGAGUACAACAUCCAGCCGACGCAGACGCGCUUUUUGGACACGAUGUCGCUGCACGUCGCGGUGAAGGGCAUCUCGUCGCACCAGCGGCCGGCGUGGCAGAAGUACCGAAAGUCGAAGGCGCGGGAAGAGGAGCAGACGCGGGAGGCGUACGAGGCGUUCGAGUUCAUGCUGGCGAAGGGAGAGGCGGAGAUUGAGCGCGAGACAGACCCAGACCGCAAGGCGCACCUGCAGAACCUCUACAAUGAGAUGGAGGAGAGUCUUCCUAUGCUACGUGGUGCCGUCGAGACGGGUGAGAUCGAGCAAUCAGAGGACGUCUCCGAGCGCUGGGAGGACAAGACAUCACUCAGCUCGCUCGCCGACGUCGCAAAGCUUCACUGCGGCAUCGAAGUGGACAAGGGGGCUCGGGAUGAUUUCCUAUCCGAGACUCGCGAGGCCAUUCUUGAAGACAUCCACACGUAUCUGGACUACAACGCGACCGACGUGGAGGUAACGCAUGCCGUGUUCGCUAAGACCCUAACAGCGUUCCUCGCCGCGUGUCCCAGCCCAGUCUCCUUCGCUGGCAUCCUCACUAUGGGCUCUAGUCUGCUCACGGUCAACGAGGAGUGGGAGGCCUACCUCGCCAACGCGGAGCGUGCCUACAAAGAGUUGGAGGACAGGAUCAAGAAGCGUCUGAUCGAACUGGCGCAGCAGGCAAAAACCAUGAUGGAGAACGGGAAGUGGAAAGAAGACGUCUGGCUGGCACAGUUAGAUUGGUCUCCAAAGGUCGCCGGGAAAUCGCGAGGCGUCGGCACCUCCGAGGUUUCACCCACCGAACCCGCUGCAGGACCACCCCAACCGCCGCCAGAGCCAAUCGCUGUUGACGCUGACGCUCCUUCCUGGUACCGAGAUUUUACAGUCGAUCCUUUCGACACCACGGUCGUCAGGCGAAUAUUGCCCCUUCUUCUGCGACUCUCAUACGACGGCUACCCUCUACAGUGGUCGUCGAAGGAUGGGUGGCAUUACCUGAUGGGUGGAGAGGUGAUCAGAUUGUCGGCGGGUAGUGGCAAGGUCGUCUCUAUCCUCGGUCCGUCUCAUGGGCUUCCUGCUUUGGCCGCGGGAAAGCUUCAGUCUAUCGACAGGGAGCUGGCGAAGAAUAUCUGCAAGGGUUGGAGGACCGACGACGUCAAGGAUGGGCUCCUUCGUCUAGCGAAGGCGGCCUUGCAAACUUGCCCGGCUCGUGUAGAGACGGAUCCUUGGCUACAGCAGCUCGAUUGGUCGAUACCGGAUUCUCCAAAGAGGCCCAAGCGUAAACCUACCUCACUCAAGCCAACCCCUGUGUACUGGCCGAGGUGGUACUGGGAGCUCGCGAAACCGAAGAAGGAUUGCCCCCCUGGGACGCUGGAUCUGACCGUCCGCAACCGUUACGCUCCCCUUCUACUUCGACUCUCCUGGCAAGGGUGGCCGUUGUUCUACUCUCGAGGGCACGGUUGGACAUUCCGCGUGCCCAUAAAGGAGCCAUUCGAGACCCGCGCCAGUCCACUUGCCUUCGACGAUAACGUCGACCCCCAACUGCACAACCUGACAGCCCACUUCAACUUCUACAAGCUGCCGCACAAGGACGGAGAGGAUGCGAACGUCGGCAGUCCGCUCGGAAAGACGUUCAUGAAGUACGCGCAAGACGGGACGCUCGCGAGUCCGUUCGAAGAAGCCAAGGACGCGCUCGACAUGAAUGCGCAGUGCAGCUACUGGAUCUCCUCGCGCGACCGCGUCACGAAGCAGAUGGUCGUCUGGCAGGCCGACAAUCUCGACAUUGGUGUACCACGUCCCGUGGAGCCCGAGAGGAAGUGGGGCAUCAUCCUCCCCCAGGUCAUCACCAUGGGCACGGUCACGCGCCGUGCGAUCGAGAAAACGUGGCUCACCGCAAGCAACGCGAAGCAGAACCGCAUUGGGUCCGAGCUCAAGGCGAUGGUUCGCGCGCCUCCUGGAUACGCGAUCGUCGGGGCCGACGUCGAUUCGGAGGAGCUUUGGAUUUCGAGCGUCAUGGGCGACGCACAGUUCGGCUUGCACGGCGCGACCGCGCUCGGAUGGAUGACGCUUGAGGGCACCAAGGCCGCUGGCACUGACCUGCACUCGAAGACCGCAAGCAUCCUUGGGAUCUCCCGCGAUCAAGCGAAGGUUUUCAACUACUCCCGUAUCUACGGCGCGGGUAUGCGACACGCAGUACUGCUUCUUCUGCAAGGGAACGCGGGCAUGCUCCCUGAGAAGGCUGAGGAGCUUGCGAGAAACCUCUACGCCUCAACGAAGGGACAGAAGUCAUAUGGGACUCGCUACUUCGACCGCAAGUUCUGGUACGGCGGGACGGAGAGUUUCGUCUUCAACAAGCUCGAAGAGAUUGCGCUUUCGGAUCGUCCGCGGACUCCCGCCCUCGGUUGCGGGAUCACGCACGCGCUCUCAAAGAGCCUGCUCCCCGACGAGUUCGGCUCUGACUUCAUGACGUCCCGAAUCAAUUGGGUGGUGCAGUCCUCAGGCGUUGACUACCUUCACCUCCUCAUCGUUUCCAUGGAGCAUCUCAUCGCGAAGUACAACAUCCAGGCCCGCUAUCUCAUCUCCGUUCACGACGAACUGCGCUAUCUCGUCAAGGAGGAGGAUCGUUACCGCGCCGCCCUCGCUCUUCAGGUUGCGAACCUUUGGACACGCAGUCUCUUCGCGUUCAAACUUGGGCUGGACGACCUUCCUCAGGGCGUCGCUUUCUUCUCCGCAGUCGACAUCGACCACGUCCUCCGUAAGGAAGUCGACAUGCCUUGUGUCACCCCAUCACAGCCCAAUCCGAUUCCUCCAGGAGAGAGCGUGGAUAUCCUGAAGACGCUGGAGAAGACGAGAGGAGGCUCACUUUGGCAGGGCGGAGAGCCUAUGGUGCACAACGACGGGCUGGACUGCGAGAGCAGUCUUUUUGGCUACUCUUCUCCUGACUGUCUGGCUCAUCGGGCUAACAGUGCGUCAUGGUUGCGGGCGCAGUCGACUUCUAACUUCGACGAAGUGAAAAGUCUUGCUGAGAGCUUCAAGCGCAAUGGCCCUUCGACGACUGCGCCGAAGUCGAAGGCAAGGUCGACGCGCCGGAGUGACAUUCAGCGACUAAAGAAGGCUCGCAGCUUAGGAGAUGGUAGCCAGUACGACUGGGGUGCUAUUGCUGAGGAGAUGCUUCAGGCGAUACGAUCUGAUCGUCAACCCAUGUAAUUUAUGCUAGUAUACAGUAUGCACAGCUGAGAUAGAAGAGUUGGAUAUAAUUGGAACGUAUCAUGUACUGUACUGUACUCGUAAUAGUC